AUGGGGGCCACAAUGGCCAUAAAAAGAUGGGAUGUUAUAAUUCCAGAACCUAACGGAAAAUUCCAUAGUGAAAGUGAAAGCGAGAAACAAAGGCGAAGGUUUAGUAAUAUUCCAAAAUCUUUAGAAUUCUCUUUUUUCACAGGGCCUGUGAAGGAAGAGUUUCAAAUCAUUUCACUCGGUAAAGCAGGAACGGGGAAAAGCCAUACAGGAAAUACUAUUUUAGGUCUUCCUAAUUUUUUCAGGACAAAGUGUUCCUCGGUGUCUGUGACAGAAGAAUGCGACUCAAAAACAGCUUCAGUCAAUGGGAGACCCAUCACAUACAUUGACACCCCUGGCUUUUUUGAUACAGUUUCCACUGAGCACAGCCUGAGAUCAGAGAUAUUGAGGUCUAUCAUUAAAAGUUCUCAAGGGCCUCAUGCCUUCUUAAUUAUUCUCAAAGCUGAGACUUACACUGGUCAAGAGAUGGAAACCGUGAGGAAAAUCACAGAAUCAUUUGGGGAAGAUGCAUUAAACUAUGCAGUUGUCCUCUUCACUCACGGUGAUAAUCUUGAUGAAGGUCAGACCAUUGAGGAUUUUGUAAGCAGGAAUCAAGAGUUACAGCAGUUGGUGGAUAAGUGUGGAGGUCGCUGUCAUGUUAUUGAUAACAGAUACUGGAAUCAUCAGAAGAGAGGAUACAGGAGCAACAAAGUUCAGAUCGGAUAGGCCCAUACAUACCUUCACCUUGGGCCCCCAAUUUGCUAAAUCCGCCACUGACGAAACCCAACCCCUAACCCCACACCUAACCCCAACGUCACGGGGUCAAAGAAAAUCAUACAAAAAUCUACGAAUGUGGUCGUAUGAAUUAAUACAAAUUAGCUUACUCAUAAAAUAUGUACAAAUUCUCGUGAGAUAGCAUUGACUUUAGUGCUAAACCUUUAUUAAAGAAUGUAACAUAUGGGACAUUUGUUAUGCUGUCAGUAUUGUAGGUCAUGCUUUGCCUAGUUUGAAAUGUUUCUGUAUAUUCAUUGUACUUUGCUUUAAUGUUAACAUUACUGCCAUUGACAAAAAGGGCAAGACAUUCAUUACCCCCAUCCCAUUUAGUAUGGGUGUGUGAGUUAGAGCCAACCACACAGGUGUAAUGCAUACGAAAUCUGCUUAAUUCUUACUGUAUUUUAUAGUUAGAUAUUGAUGUACUGCCUUUUUCUUAUUUAUCUUAAACUACAUGUAUCAUUGUUUAUCAUUCUGUAUUUUACUCAAUUUAAUUAUUAAAUAAAAGUGGUAUCCCUUUA